AUGCGUAAUCAUGAUAUUCUAAUGGGCAAUCUAGGUAAUCGAAAUAAUAUAUGUUCAUUCAAAAUUAAUGAUCGUUCAUUAGCUGGUAAUCAUGAUAAUGGAUUUUGUAUUGUAAUAAAUGAUCUGGAAGAAGAAAAUGGUCGGUUUAAUGAAGAGUCAGUUCUUGCUCAACAAACAUUGAAAGGUAUUCAAGAAUUUGUUAUCGAAUAUCUAAUUUAUUUUCUUGAUAAAGAAAAUUAUUUACCUAGCAUGGUAACUCGUGAAAAUUUUGAAAAUACAGAAAAAUAUCUUGAAGAAAAUCAAUGUGAUUGUUAUCGUCAAUAUAUUGAAAAUGAAAAAUUAACUAUUAAUGAAGAACAAGAUGAUGAAAAUAAACUAAAAAGAAAGUCGAAAAUGAAAAUAUUUUGUCGUAUUGUAUUAUCAGCUAUUAUUAUAAAUACAUUAUCAAUGGAUAUUGAAUAUCAUGAACAACCUCAAUCAUUAACAAAUGCAUUAGAAUAUUGCAAUUUAGUAUUUACAUCAUUAUUUGCUAUUGAAAUGAUUUUAAAAAUAAUUGCUGAUGGAUAUCUUCAAUAUAUUCAAAAUGCUUAUAAUUUAUUUGAUAGUGCUAUUGUUAUCAUGAUUCUUAUUGAAUUACAAGGAAAUAAAAAUAGUGAAUUAUCGGUUUUACGUACAUUUAGAUUAUUACGUGUACUUAAAAUUAUCAUAUUUAUGUCAACACUUAGACAAUUGGUAAUCAACCUUUUCUUUUCUUUUUUGUUCUUCUCUUUUAUUUUAUUUUUUUCAUUCGAAUUACUUAUCUAUUCAUUGAUAACUAUCUUUAGUAGAAAUGUCAUAUUCAACUAAUCGAUUCUAUUUUAUUUUUGUUUUAACUCUUAUCACAUGCAACAGGUAACUAAUUUGAGUAUACUUAUUUCUAUUUUGAUGAUAGUUUAUUGAAUAACUAUAUUCAAUAAUUUUGAAAGAAUUUUCUAAAUGUUUAGAAGUGCAUAAAAGACAGAAAAUGAUUCUUUCAGAAAGAAUUUUCAUAUAUAAAUUUAUGUUAAUCUCAACUUUAGAAAAAGUUUC